AUGCACGACCUCUCUCUUUCCCUCGAGCAUGCUGCAGAUGUCCGUCGCUCUUUGCUGCUUCAACUCAACAACAAGGCAUCUGAAUGCUCUCAUCUUAAAGCCCAACUUGCUUCUGUCUCUGCUCUGCUCGAGUCUGAACGUGUCCUUAGCUCACAACUCCUGCAACGUAAUCUUCCCUUGGAAACUGAAUUGGCUCAACUAAAAUCCGUCCAGGCUGCUGAUCGAUCCAUAUUGGAUGAGCAGCUCAAGACAAUACACAAGCUGACUAAUGAAAAAGAUGUCGAGACAUCUCUUGUUACUAAGCUACAAACUACAUUAAAGGAUCGAGAUGCAUUGGUGUAUUCACUGCGAGCUACCGCAAGUGAUUUGUCUCACGAAGUCCGCCAAUGUACCGAGAAAAUUCAGUCCAUGUCAGUUUUGAAAUCUGAACACGCUCAACUAAUGUACGAUAAUACCCUCUUGGCUCAGAAAUUGUCCAGAUAUGAAUCAAUGCACCAUCGAGUUUCACAGUCUUGUGUCCAGGCAGUUGAUCACACCUCGUCUCUUAAAGCAAACCAUGCUGCCGUAUCUGCAGAGGCAGAUCUACUUGUCUUUGAAGGCUUAUCUGAAGUCGAAAGACCUGCAUUCCUAAACGAAGAAGAAAACACCGCUGAUAGUGUGUUGCGUCAUUUGCAUGAUCACGUAGAGUCACUUGAGCAUCAGCUCCUCACCCCUCAUUCCAUACCUACCGACUCUCUCUAA